AUGCCGGUGUCACCCUGGAUCCAUGCCGCCUGGGCCAUUCCCGCACUUCCCCUGGGCCUGUGGUGCGUCUUCCUCGCGCUCGGCUCGACGCCCUUCUUCCAGAGGCAUUUUCUGUACGCCCACAAGAUCAAGCCGUUCUGGCAGGAUGCCAACAAGCCCGAGAAAUGGGGGUUUGCAAAGAACCAGGUCGUCCCCUUUUUGGUGACUACCGAAGACGGCGAGCAGAUCUACGCCUGGCACGUCCUCCCUCUCCGGCUGUAUGCCAAGCAUGAACGCAGACUUGCUGCUCAGCCGGGCGGCUUCAGCGACGAUGUCACAGCCACGGAAAACUUCAAACUCUUGAAGGACGAUCCAGAGGCCAAGCUGAUCCUGUACUUCCACGGUAACGCAGGCCACCUCCCCAACGCCAUCCGCGCCCCCUCCUUCCACACCUUCACAGACACCUCCCCCUACCACCUCAUCGCCAUCGACUACCGCGGCUUCGGCCGCUCCACCGGCUCCCCCUCCGAGGCCGGCCUCCUCGCCGACGCCACCGCCAUCGUCGACUUCGCCAUCCGCACCGCCGGCGUCUCCCCGCGCCGCAUCGUCCUGCUGGGCCAGAGCCUCGGCACCGCCGUCACCGCCGCCGUCGCCGAGCGCUACGCCCGCGCCGACGAGGGCGUCGACUUUGCCGCCGUCGUCCUCGUCGCCGGCUUCAGCAGCCUGCCGACCAUGCUCUCGGGCUACGCCAUCGCCGGCUGGGUCCCCGUCCUGCGGCCCCUGACCUGGGCGCCGGCGCUGCUGCGCGCCAUGGCGCGCCUCGUCGUCGACAAGUGGCCCUCGGCCGAGCGGCUGCGCAGGACGGUCGCCGCCGUCAAGGCCCGCGGCGGCCGGCUGCGGCUGAGCCUCGUGCACGCCAGGGACGACUGGGACAUCCCGUGCCACGAGGACGACAAGAUGUUUGCGCAGGCCGUGCGGGGAUUGCUCGAUGGCGAUGGUGAUGAAGAUGACGCUGAGCAGGAGGAGGUGGACGACCAGAAGCUGCUGGAGAUGAAGGACAAGCGCACUAUCGGCAAGGGCAAGGAUGCGUUUGUCGCCGAGUGGAGGGAAGGGGAUAUUGUGAUUAGGCAAGAGCUUUAUCCGUAUGGAGGUGAGUUGGGCAUGCUGUAG